AGUAAGGGAUUUCUGGGAAAGCUGAUGCCUGCAGUGUCACACCCCCAUCCCUGUACCCCCUGCCAGCAGCAGGCCCAGGCCAAGCAUGUCCCUGGCACAGCACAGCCAGGGAGCAUCCUGAGCCAGGCAGUGUUUCUGCUGGUGACUCAGCAUCCUGGAAGGGGAAUUGGAAGCCUGGGCUGCUUUGUUUCCCUCUGGGUCAUUAUUCCAAAAUGUGGGAGCUCCACUAAUGCACGUGGAUUCUGUACCCUCUGCUUGGGGCACUGACAUCACCCUGUCACUGCUUAAUCCAAUCUGCCUGUUCUUUAGGGAAGUGUUUAUCCAGGAGAAAAUUACACAAACACCACAGUACAAUUUCAAGAGUUCAGCCCUAACUUUUGGAGUGGCAGGAGCUUGCAGAGCUGCUGCCCAGCACAGAUCUGGGUUUUUAAUCCCGUUUGGUCUUGUAUGGGAAUGACAGCCAACAUUCCCAGCUUUAGUGCCUCAAAUACUUUCCACCUAUAAAAAGUUGGCAAUGGGCAGUCUGGAAUUGGGGAACCCUCAGUUAGGGAGGGGACCUGGGGAGACUUGUCACUGCACCCCCUCCCACCAAAGGGCCACUUACCUGCACUGGAACACCUGGUGAGGAAUAUCCAGAAAGAUCUGAGAGCUUUGACCUCAUAUGUGAGCUACUGACUCAUCUGUCUGCAUCCAGGGGAUCCCAGGAAUAGUCUGGAUCCUGUCCAUGUGGUUCUGGGUGCUGCUUUGUCCUUUGGGACAGCGAGUGUCUGUGGGUCCUCUCUUGACACCUCACACACGGAGCCAGGGGGUCUGAGUGGGCUUGGGCUGUCUCCUCCAGCACACAGGAUGGGUGGAUGGGUGCUGGGUCUUGAGGUAAGGAAUGUGUCAGGUUUUCAGGGAGAAGGGUGGGCUCUGGUCAUUGCAAACUUGCCUGGAUCUAGAAAUCCUUUUGUGAUCAUCUUGGAGUGGUGCUCAAAGCAGCCUCGUAGGGAGGAGAUGGAAGAGUCCUCAUGGGAAUAACAUUUGGUGUGGCCUGGAAUGGGACCCUCACUGUGGAGAGGGCAGAGGUGGCCGACUCCUGCUUCCACACAUAGGAGUGUCCAGCUCACCUGGAGCAGGUCUCCCACCUGCGGCCACACGGAUUUCAUGGAGAGUUCGGCCAGAGGUAAGUGUUGGCUUUAGAAGGGAGGGGUUUUUAAUGGGUGAGUUGGUGUCUGUGUGAGGCUGGAUGAAUCCAGAUGCUUAGCUUGAAGAUAUCCAAACAGCCUGAUCCAAUCCCAUCUGGAGAAGCUCUGGGGGCCACUUUUCCAGAGUCUGGAGGGGUGAGCCCUGAGGUGCCCUGUAGGAGGGUGCUGGUCCCGGACUGUCCUGUAGAGGGACAUCCUGCCACGUCCCUGGGGAUGCAGAGGAGCUUUGGGAAGUGGGGAAGGACCAUGGCCUGCUCUUAAUCUGGCUAUACCCAGAGGAAGAGCCAGGAAGCUUCAUGGAAAGGAGCCUUGGCUGCAGGAGGAGCCAGCUCUCCCACACAGGCAGCGUUUUUGGUACAGUCAAAACUUGCUGUGUUUUCUCCCUGAAAAUUAUGUUCCUGCCAGGAAGAUCAUGGGAGCAUCUCCCAGUGCUGGCCUCCCUGGAUCUUGCCAGAGCAGGGAGCCUACAGCCAGCGUUGAACUGGCCCUGUGCUGGAUGUGGGUGUUCCUGGGAAUUGCAGGUCCUCUGCCUCUGGAAUGUCAUGCUGCUCCAUGGCCUCUGACCCCACCUUUUCCCAGGUUGUGUGGGCGUUUAUUCCCCACGAAAUAGCAAUUAUUCCAUUUUCUUCGAGCAAAGUGCUUCUCCUGCUGUCUGAAAUUGCUCCUUGCUGUGCUGGAGGUCAUCUGACAUUAAGGUGAGGUGGCUGAAGCCAUGGAUAUGAGAGCAGGGAAAGGGAAGAUCUCACAGGAGGGUGUGGAGGCACAGGCUUUCCAGUUGUCGUGAUGUGGUGGGCAUGGAGCCAAACUGUCUGAGGGGCUUUUGGGUCCAGAUCCCAAAAGCUUUCACUUCCUGCUGCAGAGGGAGAGGAUCUAAUGGUUUUUCAUAGGAACAUCCAAUGCCAAGAUCUUGCUGGACAGCCCCAGGUGUCCCCAUGGCCAGGAGGGACACACAGCUGGAAGCUGUUUGGGAUGAGGGAGAACCCAAGGAUUCAGCUUUGGGGUGGUGAUCCAGAGACCCCGAGGGGCUCUGCACCCUUUGAGGGGCAAGAGGAGGGGACAUGGGACCCGUGGAGGGAAACACUCAUCAGGAUCCAUGGGGAGGAGCAGCUGGAGAUGCAGAGAUGUUGUAGGAUGGACCAGGGAGUCCCUGGGAAGUGGGAUUUGAGGGUGCCUGGUAUGGCUAAGCAGAAGGUCGCUGGUGUGGGAUGAGGGAUCUGGCAUUGUCCCUCCUCACUCCUGGCUGGCAUUUGAGGUGCGUUUGCAGGGGCUUGGGGUGAAUUUUGAUGGGGUUUUUUGGGGAGAUUUUUUAAAUGGUAACUUCCUCAGGAAAGCUGGGAGCCUGGCAGGCAAACCAGAGUGGGAGACCCGCGGGGUCCCCAGGCUAUGCCGGGGGUUUGGGCUGGGCUGAGCCGAGCCCCGGGGAGGGUCUGGCCAGCGCAGAGACCGCCCAGCUCAUGGCACGGGUGAGCGGCGGCUCCGCCCCGGGCUGGGCUGGGCGAGGGAGCGGAGCCGCUCCCGGUCCCGCACCGCCGGGAAGCAUCCCGGCUCUGGGGGGACAUCCCGGAUCCCGGGCUGCGCUCUGGACCCGCAGGGACCCCCGGGCAGCGGCGGGGGGGCUCUGCCCGGUCCCCACCGCCGGCCAGGCGGGCCCCGGGGGUCGCAGGGUCCCCCCGUGGGAGCGGACACAGCUCGGCGGAUGCCGGGGCCGCCCGGGGCUCCCUGCGCUCCCCGCGGAUCCCCGAGGAUUUGUACCUAUCCAGGCUGUCCCGCUGGCAGGGAGCGUUUGCCAUGGACACUGGGCACGUGAGCAGAUCCCGCUUCAGCGUGGCCUCCAGCCCGCCGCGGUGGGAGAUCGGGCUCUACGCCGCCGGCGCCUUGGCGCUGCUGGGAAUCGCAGCCAUCAACCUGUGGAAGCUCUGGCGCUCCGGGAGCUACCCGGCCCCUUCCCCCUUCCCCAACUAUGACUACCGCUACCUGGAGCAGAAGUACGGAGCGGCGUGCCCGGACAUCAGGAGCAAGCGAGGGCUGGCCCCGGGCUCGCAGCGGGCGCCGGGUCGGAGCUCUUCGUCCCGCAAGAGCAGCCUGAGGGCAGAGGACACCUUGGAGAGCAUCCAGGAGCUGGGCAGCCUGGAGCUGAUGGGCAGAGACCUGGGCCUGGCCCACUACGGCCCCCUGCGGAAAUCCAUCUCGGCCGACUCCCUCAACUCCAUCUCGUCCAUCGGGAACAACUUCGGGCAGGAUUUCACGGUGGGGCAGGUGGAGGUGUCCAUGGAGUACGACGGGAGGGCGGCCGCCCUGCACGUGACGCUGCUGCAGGGCAAGGACCUGCUGGAGAAGGAGGACGCACGCUUCGAGUCCUGCUUCAUGCGGGUCAGCCUCCUCCCCGCCGAGCAGAUCGUCGGCAUCUCCCGGAUCCAGAGGAGCGCCUACUCCGUGGCCUUCGACGAGCGCUUCUCGGUGCCGCUGGACCCGGCGGCGCUGGAGGAGAACAGCCUGCGCUUCUCCGUCUUCGGCGUCGACGAGGACGAGCGCAGCGUCAGCACUGGCGUGGCCGAGAUCAAGCUCUCCGACCUGGACCUGGCUGCGCGCCCCUUCAACGCCUGGCUCUACCUGCAGGACACCAACAAGGCGGUGGACACGGUAGGGGAGAUCCUGCUCUCCCUGAGUUACCUGCCCACGGCCGAGCGGCUCACGGUGGUGGUGGUCAAAGCCAAGAACCUCAUGUGGAGCGGUGGGAAGGUGACUGCAGAUCCCUUCGUCAAGGUGUACCUGCUGCAGGACGGGAGGAAAAUCAGCAAGAAGAAGACAGCAGUGAAGAGGGGAGACACCAACCCCGUGUUCAACGAGGCCAUGAUCUUCUCCGUGCCGGCCAUCGUGCUCCAGGAGCUGUCCCUGCGUGUGACAGUGGCCGAGAGCGGCGAGGACGGGCGCGGUGACAACACGGGCCACGUGCUCAUCGGGCCGGCGGCCAGCGGGAUGGGCACCACGCACUGGAACCAGAUGCUGGCCACGCUGCGCAAGCCCGUCUCCAUGUGGCACCCGCUCCGCAGGAAUUAGGCUGGGACCCGGGGACAGCGGGCCCGGAGAAGGGACUUGGUGGCGCCCACAGGGCCGAGCUGCUGGCACUGAGGGGCCCGAAAUGGCCGGAGCACGGACAGAGCGGCUCCGUGGGCACAUUCCGGGUCAGCCCCGCAUGCGUUGGGCCAGACCUGCGGGAAAGGAGCCCCAGCGGACCAAAACCAGCAGGAACCUCCCCAAAGCGCGGCUCCUGAGCACUACAUGUGCUCCCAGCGGCCUCGAAAUCCAUGGAAUCCUCAAACGUGGACUCUGAGCAAGGGAGAGGGGGGAUUCCUUUGGAAGGUGGUUUUUGGGGGGAAUCGUGAGGGGGGUGGUAAAAGCCAGCCUGGCGUGGGUGGUGAUCCUCAGGGGAUCUUUUGUACCGACUUUGGUGUGCUGUGCCAGGGUUGGAAGGUUUCCAGUGAGAAUGGAAAAAGGGAGCAAUAACAGCAGAAAAUCGAUUGUUACAUACGGCUUCUCCUCCCGUCUGUUCCUCCCCACACAGUAAAUCCCUGCCCAUCUCCGCUGGCUGCACAGGCAGGGAUUGGUUUACAACCUCUUUGGUUUGAGGUCAGAUCCACGCUGGGAAUCACCCCCUAAUGAUCCAGUAGGAUCAGGGGCAGCUUUUCCCACUGCAGGCACUUUUCCAACCCAAACUCCCCCUCAGAGUGCUCAGGACAGCACUGCAAAUUCCAGCUUUUCCAGCCCUUAAUCCCGGACUUGGGCUGUGACUUACCCUGUAACUCAUUUUAUCCAAGAUCUGGGCACAAAGAGGAACAUCUUGGCCUUGUGACCCAAGGCAGGUGGGAAAGGUCCCUAAUUUCAUAAUUUUUAGGCCCAACUCCUGUUUCAGGAAGAAGGGAGAGGAAAAGUCUGUGUGGAUCCUGUCUGCUGCUGGGCUCUGGCCCAAGCUGGGUAUUGGAUUUUUGGGGAGCUAAUUCCCACUCUGUUUUGUGGAGGGUGAUGGAGCCCCUCACGGCACAGGCUGGAGAGCAGAGGGUGCACUGGGGCCACAUCCAUCCUUGCCUGGAGCCUUGGCCUUUCCCUGCCAGCAGGGAUGCUGCUGGGAGGGAAGCCAGGCUGGGAAAUCUGGGGGUGUCUGGGGCCCUGUGCCAUCAAACUGGCACCACGGGAUGAGCAUGGGCUGGGAUGGGGCUGCUUGGAUGAUCUGAGCAGGGAAAAAGGUGAAUGAGCCAUUUAUUUGGUUUUCCCUGACUAAAAACUAACUCCAAGGCGAGUUAUCCCCUGAGCUGGUGGCGCUUUUGCCAUGUGUCCUCCCUGACCUUCCCUUGGGGACAUGGCUGUGAUGUCCCUAUUCAUCAUCCCCCUCUGCUCUGGCUUCUCUGUCUCCACUCAUUGAUGCCCAAAUUCCCUUCUCCCACACCUCCUCCUCCCCACCUCUCCCUCUAGGAGCCCCCCUGCUGGCAGGGGAGCCAGUGCCAUCCCCUCCAUGCACAGCACCAAGGCACGAGCCAAGGAUGGAGGGGAUUGAAGAAUGAGGUUUUCUGAAGGAUAAGGGAGUUUUUGUGGGAAGCUGUUCACAGCCAGUACUCACAGACCAUGAGGUUUGGGGGAAAAUUUGCUUAUGAGCCAUCCCAGCCAAGUAUUUGGGAAGAGACGGACACAGAAAUCAUUGGUGGUCCAGCGCUCCUGCCAGCUGCUGAGCUUUACUUGGGAUGAGGUGAGUGACUUCCACAGGUGCUGCAAUCUGAUGUUUAGCCCUAAAAUAAUGGGAAUGUGUUAGGCAGUUUUAUAGUGCUCCUUUUCAGCCAUUCCUAUUUGGAGGCACCUUUGCACUUUCUCCCUUAUUCUGGGGACAGAAGUGCUGCUGGAGCUAUUUUGGGGGACCCUGCGUGAAGGAUUAGGAAGAGGUCCAGGAUGGACACGAGGUUCCCUGCCACCUGAAAAGCUCACAUGGUUGUACCUACUGUCAUGGAAUUUUCCAGUGGGAAUCAGCCUCCAAGGAGCUCUGUGGGAAGGGCAGGACAGGUCUAGGAAGCGUCAGGGAAGGGACAGGCAGCAGGGAGGAGGGAGAGACCUCGCACUGGCACAGGAUGGCUCUCCCAGGGAAAUGAUUCCAUGUGCUGGAGCGGCUCCUCAUGGUGCCAGCAUGGUUUGGGCUCAAGGCCUCCCCUUCCCCAUCCCUAUUCCCAUCCCCAGGCACACCUGGAGCAGGGCUGGGCCCCCUCCUGAGCCCCUGGCCCAGGUGGGGAGGGAAUGGCUGCAGUGUGGACAGCUGG